ACAUAUUUGCUUGUUACUCUUCGUUUCAAACUUAGAGUACACAAACGUUUUUAUUGUUGUUAUUGUUUAAAACGAUUGAGUAGAUCAGUCAGUGUAAUAAUAGUAGUGGGUACCAGCAUGUCUUAACAUCCUCGCAAGCAAUGGGUACGCCAUCAUUUAUUUAUCCGCAAACUCUUCACAAUUCGGUCUCCAUUAUCGUCUUCCAUCGAGUGAGGGGAGCAUUGAGUGCGGAAAGGGAUCAUAAUUGAAAAAAUAUAUACAACUAUAUCAAAUAUAAAGUAAUGCCGAUACAUACUUGGAGGAAAGUAGCAGUGCGUUUGAAGAAACGUAUACCGAACAAAUUUGAACGUCGCGUUAACAACCUAUUGUCUAAGAGUAAUGGUGCGCAGUCUGAUGAUGCAUCUUCAGCCUAUGAAUCUCCUGACUCUGGAAUAGAACCACCUCAAACGGACGCCCUAACUCUUGAGAAUAUAAUCGACUGCAAUGCCACCUCUAGCCAAACCAUUUCCUCCUUGGAUAGCCCAGAUUCCGGGAUUAAAACAGAAUAUGAUUCUGAUUCUAGUGUAGAAACAUCUCAUACAAACCGUGCAGGUUCUGAAAUUAACAUUGACGAAGAAUUUAGUUCCACUGCCGCAGCAGCUGCACUUACGGACAUUGCAACUUCGGAAAACACGAUAGACACUGAAACUAAUAUUUCUACUUCGGUUAGAUACAUAGAUACUAAAGUUGAAAAGCGAUUUAAAAUUGACUACACUAGAUCAUUAUCUCACUUGGAUGUUUUAGAUUCAGAAGAUAACAUACAUUGUGAAUCCGACCCUAGUCUUUUACCAGUAAAACAUCAUAUUACAUACAAUGAACAAACCGGCCGCAUACAGGAUGAAAAUGGUGACUAUGAAAUCGCAUUCAAAGAAAUAGCGCGCAUUACAACUUUUUCUAUCUUAGAGAGGGAAUACAAAACGCUACUAGGCUUAUCACAAAAAUCAAUGCAUUUUUUAAAUGAACUGAGUGAAGAUCUCGCCUUGCCAAAUAUAAAUAUUUUAAUAACAAUAAAAAAAAUCAGAUUAAAUGAAAAGCUUGGUUUGUUGGCAUUACAGUUUGGAUGCAAAGAGAUCACAAUCAGUAGAAUUAUUACAAAAAGUGUAGUGUGUUUAGCAGAAAAAAUGAAAGAGUUAAUUAAGUGGCCGACAUCAUUAAAGAUAUGUGAAAAACUACCAUUAUCCUUUAUGGCUAGAUAUUCGAAUGUUGUUUCAAUAUUAGAAUGUCUGGAAAUUGAGAUUGAUAAACCGUUCGACGCAGACAAUCCAUCGCUUAGUUGGUCUCAUAAUAAAAAGUGCCACGUUGUAAAGUAUUUAAUUUCUUACACUCCAGACGGCCUUAUAAGUUUCGUAUCCCAAGGGUACGGGGGAGGAACUUCAGACGUUAGUAUAGUGGAAGAGAGUCGCAUUCUAGAUCACGUACCUCCUAACAAAGCGGUCGUGGCGAACAAAAAAUUUGAGGGUAUCUCAAGGUUGUUUGAAGGCAAGAAAUGUUCUCUUAUAACUGUCCAUUCAAUUUUAAAAAGAAAUAUAGGCCAAAAUGAAAACAUAAAGCAGAUACGUUAUCACGUAGAUCGAAUAAGAAGUAGAAUAAGAGAGUUUAAUCUAUUGCUACCAAUGUGUUUUGAUAACAAUUUUCUGCCUGUUCUCGACGAGAUUGUAGUAGUUGCUUGUGGAUUAAUUAAUUUGAAUUAUGGUUAGUAGAGAAUUAGACAUAAGCUUAAAAAUGUAAGUUAUGUAAAUAUUAUCAGAAUAUAAAUUAUUUUUAUAUUCUGAUUAAUUAAUAGAUGACGAAAAUGUUUAUGUCCCGUUAGCCAGUUGGCAAGAAACUUCACGAGUGCAUUCGAAAUGUAAUCUCAGACACUCGUUCUGGCAACAAAUCAGCCUCUAUUUUAUGUUUACUUUAACCUACAAUAAAAGUGUACUAUGAGCAUUUUUUCAUAUAACUGUACCAUUAUAGUUAAAGAUAAAAAUAAAAGAAGAUUUAAAUA